AAUUACAACACACACAGUGCGCUGUGAUGGGCGACGCUACCGCACUAAAGUGUAAAAGAAUCAUCCAAUAAAAAAAAGAAAAAAGAAAAAAAAAAUCAAUGAGCGAUACGAUGCUCCAUCUUCAAAAAGUCUAUCAUCGCCUAUCUCUUCGCUCCUUCACUCCACACUCCCUCCCUUUCAAACCACCCCAAUUCCCAUCCCUCCGUUCGCCUCCGCGCCUCCGUGUGCGGCCGCGAAGCCACGCCGUCAGGUCCAUCGGAACCGCCGCCGCCGUCAUGUCUGCUAGCGCUAGCUCGAGGCUCAGCAACAUCGUCCCCCUCAACGCCGUCGUUGCCGAGGACGGCGGCAACGGUUCCGUCUCUUCUGCCACUGCUACUACAUUUGAAGAUGAAGAAGAUUCCACGCUGGGAUAUCGUCUUCCUCCGAAGGAAAUUAAAGAUAUAGUUGAUGCUCCGCCGCUUCCGGCCUUGUCAUUCUCGCCGUACAGGGAUAAGAUACUGUUUCUGAAGCGGAGAGCUUUGCCGCCGUUGACAGAACUUGCAAGACCAGAGGAGAAGCUUGCUGGUGUUCGGAUUGAUGGGAAAUGCAAUACAAGGACUCGGAUGUCAUUUUAUACUGGGAUUGGGAUCCAUCAAUUGCUGCCAGAUGGUACUCUUGGUUCCGAAGUUGAGGUGCAUGGAUUCCCUGAGGGUGCUAAGAUCAAUUUUGUUACUUGGUCCCCAGAUGGCCGCCAUUUGGCCUUCACUAUUCGAUUUGAUGAUGAAGAUACUAGUAGUAAGCUUAAAGUGUGGGUUGCCCAAGUGGAAACCGGGACAGCCAGGCCUUUGUUUGAGUCGCAUGAAUACUGUUUGAAUGCGGUUUUUGACAAUUUUGUUUGGGUGAACGACUCUUCUUUGUUAGUUUGCACCAUUCCUCUGUCCCGUGGAGACCUGCCAAAGAAACCUUUGGUGCCUUUUGGGCCUAAAAUUCAAUCUAAUGAGCAGAAAAACAUUAUUCAAGUCAGGACCUUCCAGGAUUUGCUGAAGGAUGAAUAUGAUGAAGAUUUGUUUGAUUACUAUGCCACCUCACAGCUUGUUUUAGCUUCUUUGGAUGGCAUGGUGAAGGAAAUUGGUCCACCGGCUGUAUAUACAUCAAUGGAUCCCUCCCCAGAUCACAAAUACCUUUUAAUUAGUUCCCUUCACAGACCAUACUCUUUCAUUGUACCAUGCGGAAGAUUUCCCAAAAAGGUUGAAAUGUGGACAGCUGAAGGGAAGUUUGUUAGAGAACUUUGUGAUUUGCCUCUUGCCGAGGACAUCCCCAUUGCAUUCAAUAGUGUGCGAAGAGGGAUGCGCUCUCUCAACUGGAGAGCGGAUAAACCAUCAACACUCUACUGGGUUGAGACCCAAGAUGAAGGAGAUGCAAAAGUGGAAGUUUCUCCACGUGAUAUUGUUUAUACACAGCCUGCUGAACCACUAGAAGGUGAAGAUCCAACAAUCUUACACAAACUCGAUCUCCGUUAUGGAGGGAUUUCUUGGUCUGAUGAUUCACUAGCUCUAGUUUACGAGUCAUGGUACAAAACACGGAGAACAAGAACCUGGGUAAUUUCUCCUGGAUCAAAUGAUGUCAGUCCCCGCAUCCUGUUUGAUAGGUCAUCGGAAGAUGUGUACUCCGAUCCUGGCUCCCCCAUGCUGCGGAGAACUCCUGCUGGCACAUAUGUGCUUGCAAAAGUGAAGAAAGAAAAUGAUGAAGGCACUUAUUUACUACUGAAUGGAAAUGGUGCUACACCAGAGGGGAAUAUCCCAUUCCUCGAUUUGUUUGACAUAAAUACAGGAAAUAAAGAACGAAUAUGGAAGAGUGACAAAGAAAAGUAUUAUGAGGGUGUUGUUGCUUUAAUGUCUGAUGAGAAAGAAGGAGAUCUUCCCAUCAAUACCUUGAAAAUAUUGACUUCCAAAGAGUCAAAAACUGAAAACACCCAAUAUUAUAUCCUAAGCUGGCCGGAAAAGAAAGCAUGUCAAAUUACAAAUUUCCCUCAUCCGUAUCCACAGCUGGCAUCAUUGCAGAAAGAGAUGGUCAGGUACCAGAGAAAGGAUGGGGUUCAACUAACUGCAACACUAUAUCUUCCACCAGGCUACGAUCCAUCCAGAGAUGGCCCUCUUCCAUGUUUGGUUUGGUCUUAUCCUGGAGAAUUCAAAAGCAAAGAUGCUGCCGGACAAGUUCGUGGUUCUCCUAAUGAAUUUGCUGGGAUAGGUCCAACAUCAGCCCUGCUCUGGAUGGCUCGAAGGUUUGCUAUUUUAUCUGGACCAACUAUUCCUAUUAUUGGUGAGGGUGAUGAUGAAGCAAAUGAUAGGUAUGUGGAGCAAUUGGUAGCAAGUGCAGAGGCUGCUGUGGAGGAAGUCAUUCGACGUGGAGUGGCUCAUCCAAAGAAAAUUGCUGUUGGGGGACAUUCAUAUGGGGCAUUCAUGACUGCAAACCUACUGGCACAUGCUCCUCAUCUUUUUGCUUGUGGAAUUGCUCGUUCGGGUGCUUACAACAGAACACUUACUCCUUUCGGUUUUCAGAAUGAGGAGAGAACUCUUUGGGAGGCUACUAGUACUUAUGUGGAGAUGAGUCCUUUCAUGUCAGCUAAUAAAAUUAAGAAGCCAAUCUUGCUUAUCCAUGGAGAGGAAGACAAUAAUCCAGGGACUUUAACCAUGCAGUCCGAUCGUUUCUUUAAUGCUCUGAAAGGUCAUGGUGCUCUUUGCCGCCUUGUGAUUCUUCCCUUUGAGAGCCAUGGCUAUGCUGCAAGAGAGAGUAUCAUGCAUGUGCUAUGGGAAACUGACAGGUGGUUGCAAAAAUAUUGUGUGUCAGACACUUCUGAUGUAAAUGUUAAUCAAGAUGCAUGUAAAGACAAUAUAGGCACAGGAUCUACAAAUUCUGAAAGCAAACCAGUGGCUACUGGCGGAGGCAGUGGCUCAGAAGAGUCAAAUUCUGAGCAUGAAGGAGUUGACCCUUUGCCGAGGUCAUUGUUAUGAAUACAUUGCUGAUCUUGGCUGCUGAGGAGUACAAGUUCGCACGUCAUUGUCGUGUACAAACUAUGUCAGAACAGCAUGAUGCUUGCCCCUGUGAAAGCGCAAUAGCAAUAUGCUUCCUCAGGUGCAAUUUGCAUUUGUAUUAGUGGUGUACUAUUCAAAAUUGUAACCCAAAUUUACUUUCCUCCAA